GCUAUUAAAUGAAUUGAUUAUUCUGUGUCAGUUUAAUGUAGAAAAGUUUUCAUCGUAAAAUAAUAUUAAUUUGACUCUCGUUCAAUCGACAAUGAAAUAUACUUUGAUCAGUUGCUCUCUUACAAUAAUAUUAACAGUGACGAUUAUCCCAUGUUUAACCUCAUCAUUGCGUGAAAUCGACUUCUUGUCAACCUUAUUCAAGAAAAUACGCGAUGAUAGCAUAUUACCAACAAAAGUUUUCACUGAAGUUUUGAGGCGACGAGUGGACAAAAUCAAUUAUUUCAAAGAAAGAAACAAUUUGACUUCAGAAGAGUUGGUAUUCUGUGACUUUGCUCGCCAUUCGUUGAGAUCGAUGCAAAUUUUAUUGAAUUCAUCGUCAGAUUUCGUUCGCAUCAAAAGCAAUUUGGUUAAAUCUUACCAUGACAUUGUCGCUUCUUUUCAUGCAGUUUUCGAUAAUAAACGAACGUUUUCUGUUGACUAUGAGCCCGUUUUGCAAAUAAACACUCGUAAGAUCGGUAACGAACUAAUGAGAUAUUGUGAUUGUUAUCCAGCUGAGGAAGAGACACCUUCUGCAAAAGCUGUUUACCCAAAGUUAAAGAUUUUGAUGCUGAUAGAUGAUUAUAAAAGUGACUUUAAUCUGUAUGCUGACUAUGCAAGAGAACGAAAGCAAUAUUUGAGUUCCUUUAUUGAUGCGCUAGAAACUCUCAAGUGGCAAAUUUCUAAUGCGACUAGUUUGAUUAAUGAUCUAGAUGAAUAUGAUCGCGAAAAGUUGAAUCCCGAAACAAUGAAAGUUUCUUGGGCGCGAUUUGAAUUCAUUGUGAAAAUGUUCCUUAAGCAAAUUGCGAAUUCAUAAAAGUAUUGUUUGGAUGUAUUAUACAUGACCAAGAACUUUUUUCAUUUCGAAUCAAAUUCAAUAAAAAUAUAACCUAUUAAAUAUCA